CUUUUCAUAAUUGUCGAUUGAAAACAACGAAACUGAGCUCUCUUGUGCAGACAAAAGCAUCUGGAUACAAUCUAAUAAUUUCAGCUUUUGUCUUAAUUUAUGUUAAGACUGCAGCAGUGACUUGUCAUGGCUGAAAACCAGGGUGUUAGUGCAUUCCCGCUCCCUCCUAUGCAGUAUGCCGUGAUCUACACUGAUGAAAAUAUGAAGAAAGGCAGGACACCACACCCUCCACCACCCAUACAGGAUAACUACACCAUGUUCGGAGCUCCCUUCACAGCCGACGAUGCCAUCAUUCGACCACUGGAGGCAUCAGGCUGCAAGAGACUCUAUCCUCAAAACUAUGAUCACAAACGUGAACUAAAGAAACUGAACCACUCAAUUCUUGUGAACUUCUUGGACAUGUUGGAAAUCUUAAUCCGUGCACCAGAAUCUCCCAAACGAACAGAGAAACUGGAGGACCUGAACUUGUUGUUCAUCAACCUGCACCACUUGGUGAAUGAGUCGCCCCAUCAGGCCCGCGAGACACUGAGAGUCAUGCUUGAAGUCCAGAAAAACCAGAGGCUGGAGAUCGCAGACCGAUUCCAGCAGCACCUUGACAAGGUGAAAGAGUUAAUAGAGAGCGCACUGGCCAAGCUCCCCGAGGACGUGAACCUCGACUCCAAGUUGCUGGUUGAGAGUGAACUGAUGUUGGAGAAUGCAGGCACACUGAAUGAUGCCUCUGAUGAUGGUGAGCAGUGUGACAGACUGGACAGCAUGAUGUGCGACAUUGUGGAUGGAAUGAGCUGAUGGUGAUGUCCUUGUCUUGUGUUUGCAUGUCAUGUAUGUUGCAUUGUACCAUGGGAAAAGUAUUAAACACAUUAUCAUGUACAAUAA